CUUCCUUCUUUUAGAGCCGCCAUGGACACGAGCCGCGUGCAGCCUAUCAAGCUGGCCAGGGUGACCAAGGUGCUGGGCCGGACCGGCUCCCAGGGGCAGUGCACGCAGGUGCGCGUGGAGUUCAUGGACGACACGAGCCGCUCCAUCAUCCGCAACGUGAAGGGGCCGGUGCGGGAGGGAGACGUCCUCACCCUGCUCGAGUCGGAGCGCGAGGCGCGGCGGCUGCGCUGAGCACGGAGCGCUGCGGGCCGCCCCAACUGCCCGGCCGGGCCCACAGCGCGCUGCCGUUGGGCGCUGUGUGCAUUUGGAGCGGCCUGCGGGCCGGCCGGGGGUACGCGGCGAGGAUGGAGCGGAGUGCGGCGUUGGGGUUGGCGCAAUAAAGGUUUUUUCCAGUA